GCCUUGCAGACAUGGAAAAGUUCACGUUCGAAUAUUGUCCGAACCGUGGCUGUCUUUUGGAGUCUAUUGGUCAUGGGAGCAAAUGAUGCUUCAUAUGGUCUGGGAAACUAUUACGACUUACCGUACUCAUUCACGUCCCUCAUCUUUCUUGCGCCUUUCAUCGGUCACACGCUUUCAGCCAUCUUGAACAAUAGUCUACACGAGAGUGUUGGACAAAGGGGUAUCGCAGUAAUUUGCUCCUUCUGUCACCUAGCAUCCUACAUUGAUAUCUCACUACAUCCACCAUACCCGGCAUUGGUCUUCAUCUACAUGUUGGCUGGCUUAGGCAAUGGCAUCGGCGACGCCGCUUGGAACUCAUGGGUUGGGAGUCUGGCCGACUCAAGUCAUGUCAUCAGUCUAAUGCAUGCUUGCUAUGGUGUCGGCGCCGUCCUCGGGCCAAUGACGGCAACUGUAAUGAUAAGCAAGGCUCAACUUCCAUGGCACACGUUUUACUAUUUCAUGGCUGGUCUGGCUAUGGCAGAGCUCGGUCUGACUCCCUCCGCUUUCUGGUCUGCUACUGGAAGUGCAUACCGUGAAGAGAAUCCUGAGGGUCAAGAGCCGAGAGAGUCGAUUGUUCACGAGACCUUAUUCAAACUCCCUUCGGCCCGGGUUACUUGGCUAUGCGCAGUAUUCGCCCUUGGCUAUGUCGGCCUGGAGGUGUCACUCGGCGGUUGGAUAGUCACUUUCAUGUUACAGGUUCGGCACGGGGAAGAAUUUGCCAGCGGCAUGACAGCCACCGGGUUCUGGGCGGGCUUGGCUCUAGGCCGAGUUGCCUUGGGUCUCGUGACCCCUCGAGUGGGCGAGAAGCUCGCAGUCAUGCUAUACCUCGGCGCUGCCGUUUGUUUACAGCUCCUAUUCUGGCUUAUUCCCGAAUUCUUUAUUUCCGCAAUCACCGUAUCGCUCCAGGGGUUCUUCCUCGGACCCCUGUUCCCCACCAUGAUGGUAGCCAUCACGAAGCUAUUACCGAGGCACUUACACGUCAGUGCUAUCGGUUUCGCCAUUGCCCUUGGAGGUAGUGGCGCGGCUAUUCUCCCAUUCGUCAUUGGAGCUCAAGCCCAGCGCCACGGUGUGCAAGUCUUGUCGCCGAUAUUGCUCGGAGCGCUGGCGUUCUUGUUGCUCACCUGGUCCUUCCUACCCAACUUUAGUCGCAAACUUGAGUGAGGUGCAGCGGGAGGCGCCGGGUUGUGAAAAGCUUGUUGGAGAUGGAUCAGCUAGGGACACGAGUCAUUUCACAGGUCCCAGAAAGAGCCCUUAAUUCUCCCCGGAAUUGCGGACUUGUGAAGUUUGGUGUUGUUGACGUGG